CUUUCAUUUUUUUCAUUCAUUGCAGAAUGUUGUGGUUUUUUGCUGAUUCAGGAUGAAUGAAGUUUUUUGUUUUGUAUACAUCUAGUUAUUCUCGCGCUGUGAAGUUUUAGCUUAGACUGAAUCAGCUGAGUGUUAUAUAAAUAAGCCGUAAUAAAUAUACAUAUUGUGGACGCAAAAUUAUCGGACAUGUGCUUGAUGCAGUGAAAAAAGAUACAAUUUAGCAACGUUAUCAGAAAUCAGACCCGCGAUAAGAUGUCACACUGCAUGUUGAGUCCCCUGCGCUACUAUCGCAUUGGUUUCGGAUUACAGUAUUUGCUACCUAGCUUGGCAAGGUCUUGCCUUUUUUCUACAGACUCGGCCGGAAGCAAUGGACCGGGGAAAGGAUUUGUUCGAAACACUACUAUCCUAGUACAGCAAGGCUGUGACAUACAGGAACUACCCGUCGUCGUGCGGAAGGUUGCAGAGGAUGAAUUCGUAUCGUUCAUCUCGAAUAAAAUAGUGGAUCAUCAACCUUCGUCCGGAUUCACUGAUUUGACACCGAAAAACGCUGAAGGGGGAGUUUCAAAAAGUGCUGAGGGUCAGAUGUCAGAAGCUGAACAAGAAACGUUGAAGGCAAUCGAAAUUUGUCAUACCGCACAGGGCGUUUGUUCCGUAGUUCAAGCGCUAAACGAAGAGGAAUUCACAUCAGACGUAGCCGUGAGAGCGCUAGAAAAAAUAUUGAAACUCGGAAGUCUUUUGGAGCUUAAAAAUUUGGAGAACAAACCAGAUUUUGAGAAAACUAUCAAUUGUAUAAUAUUUCAAGGAAACAAUAAAUUGGUGCUUGAAACGCUGGACAGUAUGCGAAACUAUAUGGAGCUAUUCAAAACCAUAGAGAUGCUAGGAAACGAGCUUAUUUAUAGGUGUUCGGAAAACAAAUUGUCGAUAGAUGAAUGUUGUGAGGCUGUUGAAUGUCUGACUCAGUGCAGACGCCACGAGAUGGUAGAAAAGUUCUGGAGCGGAAUAGCCGAUCAAGAAAAGCAAAUCAAUGACAAAAAUAUUCAUAAGGUGUUCGCCAUACUACCCUACUUGAAAAUAAGCCGAAGAGCCGUCCUUAAUGUGCUGGAGCGAAGAAUUCCUUCUGUCUGGUGGCAGAUGUCGGCCAACUCUACGAUGGAUGUACUGCAAUCUUUGGAAAGUUGCAAAAUGUCUCCAUUCCGUAUAACACAUACUCUAGCUCGCUGGUUGAAUACCAACAUCCAUGCGGUAAGCGAAGAGCAGUUGGAAGCCGUGGUUGAAUCGUUUACUAAUUUAAACUAUUGCGAUAAUCAAAUUGAACGAUCGAUCGAGAGAUAUGUUAAGGCGAAAGGCGUCAAAAUUACUUCACAAAGUCUCGUCGUAACGAUUCUUAAGCAUUGCCAGGUGUUUCGUCUAAGAAAUCCAUAUAUUUUGAAUGGAUGUAGCGAAUUCUUUAUCGCCCAUCAUCAAAACCUCGAUCCAGGCUAUCUCAAAUCUUUCAUUUGGACUUUCGGCUGUCUAGAUUACGUUCCCUUGAAUAGCAACAAAUUUUGGGAUACCAUGGACAUGUAUCUGGAUCUUAACUUCACCAAAAUUCAUCCAACGGAAAUAAUAGACAUUAUGUUUUGCUACGUCAGCCUCGAGCGAUAUCCGCUGAACUUUGUCAAUCGGAUUUUCAAUCCGUAUUUUUUAGACGUUCUACACGCUAGAACUCGACCAGAACGAUUAGACCGAGUGCGUAGUUUGCUCAAAGUAUUCGAUACAAGCCUCACCCUGGAGUGUCCGAAUUAUGACGGGCCGCUUCUCCCUCGGGAUCACUCUGCAAAAUCGCUGUUCCAUGACGGACGCAUCAAGCGAAUUGUAAACAACAUUCUACCGGAACUGGAAGAGCUAGCUGGUGGGUCGGAUUGUGUGACCAAGUUUACCGUCCUACACAAUCUCCCAGUGAAUGAACUCUACUUGGUGGACGUUAUGUUUCAUCCCUCUGGAAUGAGCCAUUUCUUCUCGCUAAACCCACUGAGGGAGCGAAACAUCAACGUGGCCGUUUUGAUUCAUCUCCCAGAAUAUUACAGCAGCAGCGGAGAACACUUGAUUGGCCCACAGGUUUUGCGAAUACGCCAUCUGAGGCGACUCGGAUUAAAGGUGGUUACCCUGCGGUUCGAUGUACUUUACAAACUCAAAGUGCAUCCUAAGGAACUAAGAAAGUAUUUAGUGGAACGAUUAAAACAAGCGCUGGACGCUCUACCGGCAUCAAAAAGUUUAUCUAAUAGUAAUAACGAAUCGAACGAAUGAACGAAUGCUACGAAAAAUCAUUCCAUUGAAUUGUUCAAAUUGGCGGAUUACCGAUUGCUAGUUGAUGAGUUUGAUCUCCUAUUGUUGUAGUCAUAUCUAGACCCUCCUCUAUAGCGAAGCUAUAAUAAAUUGCACAAACAUCAACAGCAAUCGUGUAGACUAUUCGAUUUCGGGUUAUUGAAAAAUUUAAAAUAAAAUUCAUUGAAACGACGAAAA